AUGAGUGGCAGGAUCUACUGCGGGAGACUGCCUCCCAAUGCUUCAGAAAAGGAUUUAGAAUCUCUGCUGAAAUCCUUCGGCAAAAUUCGUGACAUUGAUUUCAAGGAGGGAUAUGCUUACGCCGUUUUCAAAGACUACAACGAUGCUGACAGAGCUGUACAAGAACUCAACGGAAAAGAGUUUAUGGGCCAGAAUAUUCUCGUCGAAAGAGCUAAAGAUAUUAGAAAUGGUGUCGGGGGCUAUACCAUAGCCGGCGGAUACACUGCAAGGGUUCGCCAGCCCAAACCACCCCCAGUGCGGACUAACUUUAGAAUCCGCGUCGAAAACCUUCCGGCGAGAGCCAAAUGGUCUGAGCUCAAAGAGUUUAUGAGCGUAGCGGGAGAUGUUACUUUCGCAGAUACGCACAGAAGAAGGCCAGGCGAAGGAGUCGUUGAAUUUUCAAACAAGGAGGACAUGAUCAACGCGUUAGAGUCGCUUGACAAGCAAGAGUUUUUGGGAAAGAAAAUUAGACUUGUCGAAGAAACUCCUCGUUCUACAAGAGAACGGUCUCUCUCAAGAUCAAGGUCUCUGUCGCCACCUCCAAAGAGAAAAAGACAUUCUUCAUCGCCUUCUUUGUCUCACUCAAAAUUGCGUCGGUCACAUUCACGUGAUAAGUCACAGUCGCCCGAAAGAAGCAGUAAAAAGCAUUCCCAUUCUGCAUCGCCUACUCGUUCAAGUCGUCGUCGAUCAAGAUCACGAUCUUCAUCAAAUCACAAGUCAAAGUCUCAUUCUUCUCGAAGAAGAAGAUCACAUUCCAAGUCUCCUAAACGAUCUCGUCAUAAGUCCAGAUCCAGAUCAAGCUCUAAGUCGAAAAGCAAGUCAGAAAGACAUUCCUCGUCAAAAGAUAAAUCACGCAAGAAGAAGAAACAUAAAUCAAGGUCUCACUCACGGUCAGAGUCACCGAGAAGACGGAGAUGA